AUGCUAGACAUAAUAAUGGCGAAAAUAUGUGAUAUAGUUCAAGGUCUGAAGCCAACAAUAAUGAUGAUGGGUUUACAAAUAACAUUAACUGGAGUUAAUAUUUUCUACAAACUGGCCGCCAACUGUGGAAUGAGCUUGAAGGUUUUGGUGGCUUACCGCUUCAUGUUUGCAUCACUCACGGUUAUUCCUUUCGCUCUGAUCCUCGAAAGGCAAAAAAGGCCAAAAUUGACAUGGAGGACUGUCUUCCAAGCAUUUCUUAUUGCUUUAUUUGGGUUGGAGAAAUUGGGGUUAAACACGAAGGCUGGCAAAGCAAAGGUAUUUGGAACAUUGAUGGGCAUAGGAGGGGCAAUGCUUCUAACGUUUUACAAGGGAUGCAGAAUUGAUAUCUGGUCAACCCAUUUUGACCUUCUGAAAAAUACUAACAAACAUCCUGUUGGACACGUGGCAGCAUAUCAUGAAACGUCCAUUAGUAAAAUCUUGGGUCCUUUGUUGGCAUUUGCUAGUUGUGUCUCGGCUGCAUUUUCCUUAAUCGUUCAGGCCAAAAUGAGUGAGGGAUAUCCUUGUCAUUACUCUAGCAGCGCUCUCAUAUCAGUAAUGGGGACAAUUCAAGCUUUUAUAUAUGCUCUUUCGAUGGAAAGAAAUUGGAACCAAUGGAAGUUGGGAUGGAAUCUCAAACUUCUCGUGGUAGCUUAUAUGGGAAUUGUGGGUUCAGGACUAACGCUUAUAUGUCUCAUGUGCUGCAUUCGGAUGAGAGGACCGUUCUUCGUGUCUGUUUUUAGCCCUGUGUUGCUUGUACUCGUUGCGCUUGCUGGAUCUUUACUCCUCAACGAGAAAUUACACUUAGGGAGUGUGAUAGGAGCUGCAAUAAUAGUGUUAGGAUUGUAUGCAGUACUGUGGGGGAAAAGCAAAGAAAUCAAAAGAAUUUCUCAACUGAUACCGACAAAGAACUUUAAAGAGGGAGAUCAAGCGGACAAUAUUGCAUCAGAAAGCGUCAAGAAUGUAUGCAUGGAUCAUAGUAGCAACAUAAUGGCUAUUGCUCCAAAUUUUCUUCCAAAAUCAGAAAUAGAAAUAUUCGAUGAUGAAGAAGCGGAUCAAGAGGUCAACGCUCCCCGUCCAAUUAUAUGA